ACAUCAAUGUAGUUGUCAUGUUCUGAUGAGUUCAUUCAUAUUCUACGUUUACUAUGGGAAAAUGCUUCCUACGUCUUGCAGGCAGUUCCUAUAAGAUCAGAUUCAAAGUGAGACAUUUUUGCGUUCUUCGUAUGUCAAUAUCCUUACUGCUGUUGUGAAAAGUGAAAAAAUAAUACCGUUUAUCGUUAUGCUAUAUAGCACACAAAACAUAUUCAGAAACCCAAUUGAUUAUAGUCCAAUGGCAAUCUAUUACAAUAACAUUCAAGCUUAUGUGUAAGUACGACAGUACCCUGAUCAAGGAGUAUUUUGGAGCAACCAUAAAUGACACAUAUCAGAAGGUUUAUUUACGAUGAUGACGACGAACCUAAAGCAAUGGGCAGUAUAGUAGCUGAUGUUUUGCGUGAUACUACUCUGGUCUUAAAAGUGUAUACAACUGUGAGAAAUGAUUUCAUUAGUGCUAUCGAAGAAUAAGCAUUUAAAAUAACUACUAGAAAUGCAGAAUCGAAUGAAAGCUAAAAUUGUAUUGAUUUAUUUUACCUUCCACCGGUCAUUGACGCAACCAGACAAUUUCCAAUCAUAAAGCAUCCACAUAUGGUAUGUUUUAAGAUUUGUUGAAAUAGUCAUCAUAACGAAGCAUUCACUUCUUUCAUCACAUAGCCAAUAUAAACCAUAUGGAACAUUUGCUUCAAACUAGACAUACUUACUCCAGAUCGUGUUAAAAGAAAUAGCCUGAUUUAAACAUUAUCGAUCGUCAUGUUUCGUUUUUUACUACAAGUAGAGAAAACAUACGAUGUGUUGCUGGUGUCUAUAUGAUGAAGGAAAAUCAAUGAACAGUAAUUUCGGAUGGAAUGCAUGUUUAUACCAUCGUUAUUUUAAUCCUGCAACUAACCAACCCCGCUGCGAUGAGGCCCAGUACGUUAAAUUUGCAACAUCAACACAAUCAUGACGUAUCAAAAAACAUAAUAAGGGAAGCAUACAGAGCAUGGAAUGAACGAUCUGAAAAUUGUGUUGUACCAGAGUCUAAUAUUCAGCCCCUUUUUCGUGAUUUUAAAUUAUUUCCGACAUCUGAACAAGUACAUGACAUGUUAAGAACUGCAAGGCUAAUCGUGCGAGGUUGCAGUAAUUGUAACAAAGCAUCCAAACAAAAUAACGGAUUGACAUUCGGAGAAUUCUCAGUGUUGUUAACAGAUAUACGUAAAAUAAGGCACACAUCCAUAUAUAAUAGUCAUGACAUUAUUCAGCCAUCUGGGAAUAGUGUUACAGAUUCAUCCCAAACUAGCAAAGUAACUAAUUCAGAGCUCGAUGAACAACCUACACCAAACAAUGAAACCACAUCAGGUCCAGAGGUUUUUCUGGGAGGCUCCUGUAAUCCAACAACUUGGCGAGCAGAUGUGGCAAUACCAACGCUGAAGAAACUGGGAAUUACUUUUUUCAAUCCGCAAGUUUCAGAAUGGACACCAGAUCUUCUAGAAUUGGAGCAUCGAGCGAAAGAAAAAGCAAAAGUACUAUUUUUUGUUAUGGAUCCUCAAACAAGAUCAACCGCUGGUGCAAUUGAAGUAGCUAACAUAGCUGGGCGUAAUUCAAAGCACCUUGUUUUAGUGCUAUUACCAUACUCACAGCAGCAAAAAAUUUUAAAUGAAACGUUGGCAUUAGAUGAAUACAUGGAUCUUUCUCGAAAUCAGCAAUUACUGAAGCAGCUAGUACGACGAAGGGGACUUCCAGUGCUCGAUAAGGUGUCUUUAGCAUUGGAGCACAUAAAAAAUAUUCUAUCUGGCGGACCGUGCCGGGAUCAACCCCAUAACAUAGCGACAAGAUUGAUAUCUGUACGACGAACCUUUGACAGAGUGGCGAGCAAUGGCAAUGAAGUUAUAAGUUUAACCCAAUGUCAAACAGCCCUCGCUGCACUCGGUUAUCCAACCAGCAUAGUUACAAUUAGCAUGAUAAAACAAAUUUUAGCAUAUCUCGAUGAUGUGUGUCGACAGGAGUCUGGAAAUUCAACAUCAUCAAAGACUACGAAUGGUUAUGCAGAUGAUAAUAUAUCGAUUACGUUCGACAACUUCUGUAUAAUAGAGUCUUACCUAUCCGUCCUUCAGCAGGAGAUUCUAGAAACGAGUUGUGUUUCACCCAUUAAAGGAACCAAUCUACAACAGCCACCAAUAUACCUUACGGAUUUUCAAGGUUGGAGCCGCCGAGUACUCCCUUCGCCUAUCAGUACGGGAAAGCAUUUUUCACUGGAGGCCACCAUUUCCAGAAACCAUCAGUCUUCAAAUUCUUAUGAUUUCAAAGAUACGGUGAAAAAUAAAAAUAAUACCAGUGAAGCAAGCAGAGAAAAUACUGCAUCUUCAAACACCUCUGACGUUGCUGUUUCCAAUGCACCUGCAAAAGGAUAUCUAAGUGCAAUUGGUCAAAACCACAUAGGAAAAGAUUUUUUCCUUCGAUUGCAGGAAAAUGAGAGUCCGCUAAAAGCAGUGACACCGGAGCAAAAUGAUUCAACCUUUUCUUCAAGUGAUAGCGAAAAUGAUGGUCUAAAAACGCGUGAUUUGUAUCUUGGUGGCAGUUGCUGGUUAUUGUCGAAUUGGCAACAGAACUAUGCAGUGCCUUAUCUGAAGUCGAAAAAUAUUACCUUCUACACAUCUUCAUUACAUGAAGGGCCUGUAAAAUCUUUCAAUUUGCAUGAAACAGGAGAAAUACGUAUUACGGCAAAUGAUCAACUUGUAUUUGAUCCAGCAAUUUUAGAUGCAAGUCGAAUACUGCUUUUCGUGAUAGGCGAUCAGACCAGAUCUUUGGGCGCAAUGACAAUGGCAGCGCAUUACAUGGGUCUAGGCUAUAACAUAGUCCUGUGCGUUCAAAUGCUACCUAAUGAAUGCAGAAUCAAUGGUACACAGCUUUCCAGUUCGGCAAUCAAAGAUUACAACCGAGGUCGAGCGUAUUUGAUUGAUUUAGCCAAACGGCAGAAUAUCCCUGUAUAUAGUAACAUAGAAGAUGCCCUCGAAUCUGCAAUAGAAAAGUUAAACUGCACUAGAUGAACAACAAUGGAAACAUCCGCAAAAUGAAUCUGCAAUCAGUUGAUUUUUGUGGGUAAAAAGUUGACUCCUUGUAAAACAACUUGAAUCAGUGUAUAGCAUUUUCUCAUAUUAGAUCUGAUUGAAUGGCUCGUGUCGACAAUGCAGUACUUAGUUGGAGCACACACAAUGUAAAACAAUAGAAAUUAUUCAAUGCAUCACACCAGAACAUCUAGCCUUAAAUGAAUAUGUUGACUAACCUUUUAGUUAUGGGCCAUGAUCCAAUCAUACUCUUACAAACAUGACUUACGCUUGUACAUAAAAUAUUCAGUAACAUUUAAUUAUUAUAAAUAUUUUACUAAUUUAAAUAUUGCAAGCUAAAAUAUGCCCAAUGUUCAAAGCAUUUGGUUCUCGAAAAACGUCCCCUAUCUUUAUUUAGUUUAUUAAUGUACCACUGGAAACGCAAAAAUACAACCUGUUAUAGCCCAGAAUAUACACGAAGGGUAUUUAAUAAAUAAAAAUUUAAAAAAAAAAA